UAUUUAUGUUUUUCACUGAGUUGCGCUGAAUCUUAGUCGUAUCACCGCUGCUGGUCACUUUGAGAAAGUGACACUCAUAAACAGAUCACUUUCUUAAACAUCAGAAUCCUGCCACUGUUGCACUUUUCACGUGUGACCGAGGAGGACAUGAGGGAGAAACUGAAAAGUUCAAAACCUCAGAGUUCACCUCCGACCAGCCAGGAGUCGAGCGCCUCCUCGUGCAAGGAGGCGAAAUACCACAAGACGACCGUAGAUGCUCUAAAGAAAAUCAUCUACGAUGUUCACCCUAGUCGCUCACUCGCUAGCAAGUUGUUCGGGCCGCCGCAGGCGAUGUCGUUCAUUGUUGCUCACUCGUUCGACGAGGUCUACCCAAACUUGUUCAUCAGUGAUAAGUUGUUUGUUACCAACAAAGAACUGCUGAAAAGCGUCGGCAUAACCCAUGUUCUCAACACUGCACAAGGCACACGCUAUGCACAAGUCAAUACCAACCAGGCAUACUACACUGACCUGGGCAUCACCUACUAUGGAAUAUUUGCGGAAGACACUUCCAGGUACAAUCUCUCCGUCCACUUCUCUGAGUGUGCAUACUUCAUUGACAGCGCACUGAAAUCUGGGGGUAAGGUGGUCGUACACUGCUAUCAGGGCAUCAGUCGGUCGGCAACGAUCACCGCUGCGUUUCUGCUGCUGAAGAGGGGCAUGAGUGCGGACAAGGCUCUCCGCACACUGCGCAAGAAGCGAGAGGUCUUCCCUAACGAGGGCUUCAUCGGCCAGCUGUGCAAGCUCAACAACUCGCUCGCGGCGGGCGUCGCCCACGCCGACGCCGGCUCGUCGCAGUAG